AUGACUACAAAACCAAUUGACACCUUUAUAUUGAAUAGUGUAAGUCUUUUUAACGUCAAUCCAUCACACAGUAUCAUUUCGAUCACAUAUCAACCUCCAGCUAUACCAAAUGAUUCAAAUGGUUCUCAAGUUUCUGGAUCUAAACUUCCUAGAUCUAAGAGAUUCGGUAAAGUUACAUUCAAAACGUCUAAUCAUCAUCUUUCAUCGAAUUAUAAAUUCAUAACCAAUAAAAAUAAAGAUGUUUCAAGACUAUUAAAUGCAAUUGGUUCAAAUGGAGUGUCCAUUAAACCUCAACAUAUAUUGAAGAAAAGAAUUAAUCAAAAGAGACAUAAAUCCUCGUCAUCGAAGGAUAAGAAAAAAAUAUCUAAUUAUUCUAUUACUGGGCUAGCUACUUUAUUGGCCAAUAAUAAAAUACCUAAAUAUGAUUCCUCUAUAAUAAAUAACAACAAAAAUAAUAAUAAGUCUAUUAAUAACAACGACUCCACUGUAUCAAAGAAAAAAAUAAAAAUAAAAAUAAAAAUAAAAAUAAGAACAAAAAUAAGAAAAAACAUUAAUUCAUUGCAUUUCCAUAUCCUAAUCUCUUGUAUUUCUAUAUCUUCCUAUAUAAAUUGA